AAUCUCACACGGUACACGCCUCUCUGACUUUCCCCUCCACAGACCCAAAAAAUAUGAAUUAUCCAUUCCCUCUUUCUAUGCCAUCCACUCUUCUCCCGUUAGCUCAAACUAGUUGCUCCUUAAUACCCAUUCAAAGAACCAAGAAGCCAUGGUUAUAAACCUCUCAUUCUCUCCACCAUCUUCCUCCUAUUCCCUCCUCAAAUUAACCAAUUCAAAGUCACCCAUCUCAGAAUUUUCACUAAAGCACAAAACCCACUUUUCAAAAUCUCCUUUUUCUUCUGAAUGCUAUUCAAUCUCUUCAUCACCCCUCGGUUUCAAGAACCAAUUUUUAUCUGAAAGGAGUAGAAACCCAUGUGGGAAAAGAUUUGAUUUCAGGUCUUGGGCAAUUUCUGGAUUUGAUUUUGGGAACUUUGAGAGUGCUCAGUCUGUUUUGGAAGCAGCUGCAGUGUUAACAGCCAUAAUCAUUGUCCAUGAAAGUGGUCACUUCCUCGCUGCUUAUCUCCAAGGCAUCCAUGUAAGUAAAUUUGCUGUUGGGUUUGGUCCAAUUUUAGCUAAAUUCAAUGCAAACAAUGUUGAAUACUCUGUCAGAGCUUUUCCUCUAGGUGGCUUUGUGGGUUUUCCUGAUAAUGAUCCAGAUAGUGACAUUCCAGUUGAUGAUGAAAAUCUGCUUAAAAAUAGGCCAGUAUUGGAUAGGGCAAUUGUUAUUUCAGCUGGUGUUGUUGCCAAUAUAAUCUUUGCAUAUGUGAUCAUCUUUAUUCAAGUCUUGUCAGUUGGUUUGCCUGUAAAAGAGGUCUUUCCUGGGGUGCUGGUGCCCGAGGUUCAAUCCUUUUCAGCCGCUUCCCGGGGUGGGUUGCUUCCAGGCGAUGUAAUAAUUGCAGUUAACGGAAAUGAAUUUCCAAAAGUAGGGCCUAAUGCAGUUUCUGAGCUUGUUGAUGUAAUUAAGAAAAAUCCAAAAAGAAAUGUGUUGUUCAAGGUUGCAAGGGGGAAGGAGGACUUUGAUGUUGGGGUUACCCCAGAUGAGAAUUUUGAUGGAACUGGUAAAAUUGGUGUUCAAUUAUCACUAAAUCUAAAGCUUUCGAAGAUUAUACCAAAGAAUUUAUUUGAGGCUUUUAGUUAUGCUGGGAAAGAGUUUUGGGGUCUCACAUAUACUGUUUUGGAUAGCUUAAAACAAACUUUUCUUAACUUCUCUCAAACUGCUAGUAAGGUUUCAGGUCCGGUGGCUAUUAUUGCUGUUGGUGCAGAAGUAGCAAGGUCAAAUAUUGAUGGGCUUUACCAAUUUGCUGCAGUUCUAAAUCUUAACCUUGCCGUAAUAAACCUUCUUCCAUUACCUGCUUUAGAUGGUGGUUCCUUGGCUUUGGUCCUCAUUGAGGCGGCUAGGGGUGGGAGAAAGCUUCCUCGAGAACUAGAGCAGAGGAUUAUGUCAUCUGGGAUUAUGCUUGUUAUACUCCUAGGGUUAUUCCUUAUUAUCCGGGACACACUCAAUCUUGAUUUCGUAAAAGAUUUGUUGUGAUUGCUUCCAAGGUUUUGGAAGUUUGAAGAUGAUUUGGCUUGGGAAACAUACGUGAUGCUGUUGUUGGAUCAGAGUGCUUGCCUGCGGAGUCUCACAGAGGGGGCAAACUGAGAUCAUUGGAAAUACUUGACAUAAUGUGGUUUCUUCUUCCCAAAACAUUAGACGGAAGGUACUUAUUUCAGUUGUUCUCAAUUUCUUUCACCCAGUACUGGAUCCUUUUUAUGGUCCUGUAGAUUAUAAUUUUUUAUUGGCAACAUAACGUGUUGUGAGCUUAAAUAUCUUCUUUUCCUCUCUGAAAAUCCAUGAAGAUUUCUAUAAUAGUUACAUUCUCUUCUAUUUGAUACUUGGAAUUGAGAUC